CUUGACACACAAGCGCGUCGCGCGUCUUGCCCUGUGACGGCAACCGGCAUCAUCACGCACGGAGCGCUAGUUUACGGCGGGGUCGGAGGCCCUGGGCUUUGCCCUCCGAGAGGCCCUGACCUCCCGCCUCUCGAACUCGGCUUCCGCGGCAGCUGGCGGGAAGACGAGCUUCUUCCGUCUACUCCCGCGAGUCAGGCCGCGUCCACGCAAAGCGGCUCCUCUGCUACGGAUAAAGGGCAGAAUGUGGAGUGUGUGGUCUGCGGGGAUAAGUCCUCGGGGAAACACUACGGCCAGUUCACUUGUGAGGGUUGCAAAUCAUUUUUCAAGAGGUCCGUGAGGAGAAACCUGACAUACUCGUGCAGGGGCAACAGGAAUUGCCCAAUCGAUCAGCAUCAUAGAAACCAGUGCCAAUACUGCAGACUGAGGAAAUGUCUCAAAAUGGGCAUGAGGAGAGAAGCUGUACAGAGAGGGCGAGUCCCGCCGACGCAACCCGCUGGGCUGGCACUCCCAGGCCAGUUUGGAUUAUCGAACGGGGACCCAGCGGCGGGCCUCAACAGCCAUCCUUACCUCUCCUCUUAUAUCUCGUUACUCCUCCGGGCUGAACCCUAUCCGACGUCAAGAUACGGCCAGUGUGUCCAGCCAACCAACGUUAUGGGAAUAGAUAAUAUAUGUGAAUUAGCCGCCAGGCUACUCUUCUCAGCGGUAGAAUGGGCAAGAAAUAUACCUUUCUUCCCAGACCUUCAAGUGACCGACCAAGUGGCGUUACUAAGACUUGUUUGGUCAGAACUGUUCGUCCUCAACGCGUCUCAGUGUUCCAUGCCCUUACACGUGGCACCGUUGUUAGCGGCAGCCGGCCUCCAUGCCUCACCAAUGGCGGCGGACCGGGUGGUCGCCUUCAUGGACCACAUAAGAAUCUUCCAAGAACAGGUGGAAAAGCUAAAAGCCCUCCACGUGGACUCGGCGGAGUACUCCUGUCUGAAGGCCAUCGUCCUCUUCACGACAGAUGCCUGCGGUCUAUCAGACGUACCACACAUAGAAAGUCUCCAAGAAAAGUCGCAGUGCGCGUUAGAAGAAUAUUGCAGGAGUCAGUACCCCAACCAGCCAACGCGCUUCGGAAAACUCCUCCUCCGGCUACCCUCAUUACGAACUGUUAGCUCCCAAGUCAUAGAACAGCUGUUCUUCGUACGGCUGGUGGGGAAGACGCCGAUCGAGACCCUCAUAAGGGACAUGCUGCUAUCAGGCAAUUCGUUCUCGUGGCCGUACAUGGCGACUAUGUGACACACGAUGUGGCGUCAGCUAGCGGCGGCCUGAUCAACGCCUUACGGCUUCCCGCCGUACCUGCCGAGUCAGCGUUUCGACCCAUUCCAGAGGUACCAGCGCGAGGUGCCGCAGCCAGAGGACGCGGUGACGUCAUCCAGCGAGUUCCACGACAGCGCCGAGGCCCCGACCGCCUCCGAGGAGUACUUCGGGUCUAGAACGAGCAGAGACAGCGAGAGAGCCGACCCUUGCCCGACCUUCGAUCCGAUAUCAGCAUUCUACGCUCCGAAAUCGACCGAGGAGGUGUUCGAAGCGACCACCACCUCCAAUGAGGCCCAGAAAAAUGCUCAAAAGACUUCAAUCAUGAUAGACAAUCUGUUGAACAUCAGGAGCCAAGACUCGUGUUCUAUACCAGAAAUGAAAUAAUGGACUCGUAGUUAAGUGUGGGGUCAGUAGUGUCACAUAGUUCAAGUUAUAUUUUGUUCCUCUGUAAAAAUGUAGGAUAUAAUUAAUAUUUAAUAUUGUAAAUAAAAUGUUUUUAUUAAUGUAUAGUUAAUGUUAUAAGAUACAAGAUACGGAAUCCGUUUUCUACGAAGGAUGUUGCCGGACAGUCAACAGAGUCCUUUAUGUUCGUGAACCUUUCGUUUGGAUAUAUUGUAAUUUUAUUUAUUAGAGGAAAUUUAAAGCAAUCAUGGAUUGAAGCGCAAUAAAUAUGUAAUAUGUACAGUAAUCGUGCAAUCGGUGUGUAGUAUAACAGUUCUCUGAUUCAUCAAUUCGAACGAAUUACUAUGUACCUUUUUUUUUAUUAUAAAUAAAAAGAAACAGUCCGCUGGAAACUUUAAAAUCUACUUAUGUAAUAUAAAAGAGAGAAAAAUUACAGUUUUUUUUUUACAUAUUAUUUUUAUUAUUACAUAUAUAAUUUUGAUCACUGGUGCUCCUUAGUUUUAUAUAUUUUUCAAUCUAUCAUUCUUUAUUGAAAUGUAUAGAUUUUUCUAAAUGUUUACUUAAUUAUUAGGAGUUUCUAAUAUUAACAAUAAUUCCUCAAAAGCAUUUAUACUUUACGACUGAUGGAAUUAGCCUUUCUCUCAUUUCGUUUCAAAGUAACAAUCAUGUUUAAUAUUUGUAAUUAUUUGAAAAUAUUUUAGAAAAAUGGAAAUAACUACAAUACAAAAACAUUUGAUUGUAUUUAACACAAAUAUAACUAUGUAGAUACAUAUAUAAUAUUUUUAAGUUUUCCAAAUGCACGGUUAGCAUUUAUAAAAAAUAUUUUCCAAUAAUGUGUUAUAUAAAAAAAAUAGUGAGAUAUUCUUAUAAAACCAGAAAAGUCAAAUUUUUAUUUAUUUUUAGUCACAUAUCUUACAAUAUUUAUGUGAAAAUAAAAUAACAAAUUUGCAAUAAAUAAUAAAAUCGAUACCAGUGCAGUAAAUGACCAAACUUAAUAUGUUUAAUUUUAUUUUUGUAUUUCGUUAUAUUUCUAUUGUUUUUUUUUAUUAUUAUUAUUUUCCUUUUUUCUAUAUUUAGUUUACUGAGUGUGCUAUAUUAUACAUCAUGUGGUAAUCUAUGCAUUUAAUUUUCUUGUUGAUAUUUUAUUGAACAAAAAGUGUAGUUGUAUGCAAUUGAUGAAUAUAUUUGCUCCGCGAAAUAAUUUACAUACAUAAAAGAUUUUAUAUUUCAAUCGAAACCCUUCAUAAAGAAAGGUGUUUCGUAUGCAAUAGAUUACUAAAAUGUCAGACAAAGACAGAUAUAGUUACACAUAAAAAAAAUGUAAAGAAAAACAAAGAAUGAAAAAGAGAAGCAAUGUAUUUAUUCGCAAUAAUUGUACAGAGGUUGUAAUAUACAAUUGGUGUGUUUGAGAACGUAAGAUGUAUGGAGAUGCGUAAUAUUGACGAAUAAAAGAUGUCUCUAUGGAUUUUGA